CCUCUGUCAAACGGCCGACCGGAUCUUCCGCUAUAAGAUAAGACUCCACGCGGCAGCCUUCGUCUCAAAGUCUUGGGAAGAUGGAGCCGCCGCCGACGACGACGGCAACGGGGGCCAUCACCCUUCGGAAGUUCGACCUCGCCGACGUCGACGACUACAUGGUGUGGGCCUCCGACGACCGCGUCACGGCCCUCUGCCGAUGGGACAGCUACACCGACAAGGAGGCCCUCCUCCGGUACAUGCGCGACGUGGUGGUGCCCCACCCCUGGUACCGCGCCAUCUGCAUCGACGGCCGCCCUAUCGGCGCCAUCUCCGUCUACCCCGGCGCCGGGCGCGACGGGUGCAAGGGCGAGCUGGGCUACGUGCUAGCCGCCGCCCACUGGGGCCGCGGCUACGUCACGGAGGCUGUUCGGCAGGCGAUGGCGGCCGUGUUCCGGGAGCUGCCGGGGCUGGAGCGAGUGGAGGCGCUGGUGGACGUCGACAACAGGGCGUCGCAGAGGGUGCUGGAGAAGGUGGGCUUCCAGAGGGAGGGCGUGCUGAGGAAAUCCAUGCUGAUCAGGGGAACUACCAGGGACACGGUCAUCUUUAGCUUUCUCUCCACCGAUCCUUUGCUCCCUUUAGCUUCCAAGCGAUCAUCUCAGUGAUUUCCUUUGCUGUUACUGAAGUACUAUUCUAUGAAAAAAUGUUCUAUGAUCUCUAAAUUAUUCAUUUUUAAUAUCUACAAGAAUUUUGGUUCAUUAGAAUUACCUGUUGUGGAUAAGAUCGGAUCCUUCAUGAUUCAAUUCCCUACCUGAAGGUAGAGUAGGGCCCUCAAUCAUGAUGAACAAACAAAGACAUGCAGCAGGGCUCACUGUGUUAAACAUAUCAUGGAUAAUAACGCAAAAUAU